AAUGGAGAGGGGUAAGAAAUAUUGAAGAUUUCAUUCCAACAUGUACAAAUUACACAGUGACGCCAACAGUGAACUGCACCAUAAAUAAUGCUUUUGAAACUGACACUGGAAAAUACUGGUGUGAAGAUGAAGAAGGAUGGAAGAGCAACGUUCUCAGCAUCACUGUCACUAUUGGUUCUGUGAUCCUGGAGAGUCCUGCUGUACCUGUAAUGGAGAGGAAAACUAUCAACCUGUACUGUAGAAAGAAGGGAGCUCCUCUAAACCAAAUAGCUGAUUUCUAUAAAAAUGACUUGAAAAUUGGGACCAGCUAUUCUGGGAAAAUGACCAUCCACAAUGUUUCCAAAUCUGAUGAAGGGCUCUACAAGUGUACCAUCUUGGAAGCUGGAGAAUCACCAGAAAGCUGGUUGAUUGUGAUAAAUAAGACUCUGGAAGAACAAAACCAAGAAGAUAUCACGGUGACCCUGGAGAGCCCUGCUCAUCCUGUGAUGGAGGGGGAAACUGUGGUUCUGAGCUGCCUAAACGAGACGUCUGCAAACCUUCCAGCUGUCUUCUAUAAAGAUGGCCUCUUCAUUGGGACCAGCUCUGUGGGAAACAUGACCAUCCACCAAGUCUACAAGAGUCAUGAAGGACUUUACAAGUGCACAAUAUCUGGAGUAGGAGAAUCAUCAGAAAAAUGGCUGUCUGUUAGAGGGCUUCCCAGAGAGGCAUGUUUUUGUUCGGACCAAUUCUUUCACCUCCUCCUCCUUUUGCGGGUCGUCCUAACUAUUGUGAUGGUAGCUCUGCUGAUACUGCUUGUGGGACUCCUUCACUGUGGGAAACUCGGACCAAAAAAGAACUCAUAGAUUGAUGAAUCAAUCAUAAUCAACAAGAAAUCACCAUCAAGCACAUAAACACUUUUAUAAGUUUGGUUACUACAGUUUUACUGUUGUUCUUUUAUUUUAUUACAUUUAAUCUGUUUUUAUUUAAAAUACAUUUGCAUUGCAUUUUGACAAUGCGAGAGACUCAAAAAUUAUUUUAUUUCUGCAAAUACCUUAAAAAAGAAACAAAAAAAAGACUAACUUGAAUAUAUGAGUGAAUAUGACUGUGGCUGUUGAUGUUUGCAAAGCAGAAUAGAUAUAACCAUUAUAUAGUCACAUGUAUAUUUUUAAAGGUGUGCACUGAGUUCUUGCAGCAUGUGUUACCCAAGGUUUUAUUUAGUGGCUGCAGCUCAUCAAACGCAAACCGCAGAAGUAACAGACACACAAAUGACCCUCCUAGACCUAACAAAAUGUUUAUAGAAAAAGAAAACUCUGUCUCGGUUGAUUAAUAUAGCUUGAGAAAACUAAAAGAAUACACAUAUUUUAGAUAUAUAUAAUUACUAGUGCUGUCAAUAGAUUAAAAAAAUGAACUAAUUAAUCACACAAUAUUCUGUAAUUAAUCGCGAUUAAUCGCAAUUACUUGAUCAAUAGCCUGGUUGCAUUACAUUUUAUAUUUAAGCUUGUAACUGACAUUUAUGCAAUAUAAUGAAGUAAAUGCAGAAUAAACACAAAGAAUGUUAAAUGCUUAAAUUCAAAGAUAAUUUGAAUAGUUUUCUUCAGUCUUUUAACACAGGUUCUCUGUGUGAAAUACAACUUUAAAAAAAACUAUAUACACUAAUAUUAAGCAAGAAUAGACUAAUAUAUAAUAUAUAUUAGUGCUGUCAAACAAUUCAAAUGUUUAAUCAGAUUCAUCACAGGGUUACAGUGGAUUCAUUUUGAUUAAUCAUGAUUAAAUAUCAUUCAUUUUUAUUCUACAUUAAUUGCUUUUCAUUUUGCCUGAGCAAACAGACUUGAGAAAAAAGAAAAUAUACACACUUAACAUGUUUAUUGAACAUCUUGAACAUUCAUGUUAACAAAAAACAUUUAUCCACUCGCUCUCUGUCACUCGAGGAAGCUAAUGCUGGUUUGAAUGAAAUGAUCAGUCUGCCUAUAGAGCUAUCAUUCAUACAUCAGCCAGAAUACUGUAGAUAGAUAUUCAAACCUAAUGCAGUGGCCUCUGUGCUCUAAUGACCAUAUAUGCGAUAAAAUGCAGUAUUCUUAGAAUACUGCAUUGAACGUGAAAUAACUUGUUAAUUACUUCCCAGUGAUUUGCUUUGGUAUGGCUGAGCUGUUAACAUAGAUUAAAAACACACUGAUAACGUAAAGGAUGUUUAUUGAGGAAAUAAUGACAAUGAUGACCAGAUGGACUUUCCACUGUGAUAGAUGUAGAAACUGUCGCACAUCUGUCCUAGCCUAUAAUACAUAGUCAUAAUGUUUUGAUUAAAAAACAUAUUUGGAUGAAUAAAAGAAAGAAUUUUAUUAAGUUAUUUAUUCAACAUUGUGCACAUCACGACUAUUAAACAAAACUGUACAACUAAAAAAAAACAGAAAGUUAAAAAAGACACCAAAAGACCCAUUAACUUCUCAAAACGAUUAUUCGUUCUCUGAAUUUUUACAUUAAAAAUCUCUUCAUGGUUACCACUUAAUGUUUAUGAUAUGGUCUGUAUCUUACUGGAUGUACUGCCUUUUUGUCCUUAUGUAUAGCAAAUUCCAAAGCACAUUUAACUGCUUAAAUAUUUUUCUAUAUGUAUUAGCAAGAAAAUAAAUCAAAACUCAAAUAAACUGCUGUUUAAGCAUGCAGUCUACUGAGUGGUGGUUUUUACUUUCAUAGUAAAUUAUAUGGA